AGUGCUACAGCUGCAGCUGCUAUCUCAGUAGUAAACCAGAGAGCGACCACACGAUCCGGGAGACCCAUCGCUCGCGUCUAUUCGCGCGAGGUCUUCCCUUCUUCCGAGAGAAUCGGUCCCUUUUUCCUCUUGUGAAACUUACUCUUUUUUUUAUUUCUCUCCCAUCGUUUCGCCCACCGUAGUGCAUCUCGCAAUUUGAUCAGGUGCUUGUGUCGUGGCUGUUUUUGUUGUUGUGUUGUUGUUGGUGGUGGUGCUGACUGAACCGAGUCUGGAGCAUGACGAGGAGGCACACGGUGAUCGUGAAACUCAGGAGAUCCAGCACCGGCAGGCCAUGGGGCAUAAGAAUCGCCGGAGGCGCCGAUCUCGGCACGCCGAUCGUUGUCACCCGCUCGGAGAACGAGGCGCUCCAGAGGGGUGACAUGAUCAAGAAGAUCGACGAUUACGACGCGCGCGACGUGAGGCAUGUAGACGCGCAGAAUCUCCUCCAAAACUCCGAAACCAUAAAGCUAGUCGUCGAAAGGUCUGAGCCGUCGAGUGCCGCAAGAAUAUCAUCACGUACAUCAACCACCGACACUACCAUCACCGCGUCACCAUCACCACCCAUGAUUUUCAGGCCGAUCGUUCGCAACGGGGCUGCGGCCACUAGUCUGUACAAACAACCAAAAGAACAUCCGCAAGAAUUACCGAAGAGUCCAGUGCCGCCGCCCUCGGUUGAGGAGUACAGGUCAACGCCAACUCCGGAAUACGGUCUUCGCAGGACGAUCGUUUUGCCGCACGAACACCUCGACGAGAUCCGCGAGGAAAGGGUUCACCUGUCGCAGCCCUACCGUACGACUCCUCUGGUCUUGCCAGGUGCCAAGGUCAAGAAGGAUGCCCAUCUCGGCGAAUGCUAUCUGCGACAUCAUCCGAAUCCGUGGAUCAGGGCGGCACCCCAUCAUUACGAGCCGGCUCAUCCCGAAGUCGCUAUGAAGCAAAAGGUGGCGGAAACGGUACUUCAGCGUGUCGUGGGACCGAAUGAAGUUCCAAAGAUUGUCCACAAGCAAUUCAACUCGCCGAUCGGACUCUAUUCGGAUCAGAACAUCGCUGACACUAUCAAGUGCCAAGCGUCUGCUAUACCCAUUUUCAUAGACUUUUCCUUCCUGAAACAGAAACAGGAAAUACAGGAGCAAGCGAGAGUCUUGAAAGAGCAGGCCAAGGCCGCCUCGUCGAAGAACGUGUGGCCGCAAUUCAAUAGACCAAAUUAAAAAAAAAUUGUCGAGAGACGUUCGAGACGUUUUCCGAUGCUUCUCGCACGUCGGAUCUACGACGGCAGAGUUUGCCCGGUUUUCACGUGAAUCAUUGGACACGUUCCCUUGUUAUUAAAGUAUACAGUUAUAAAGUAUACAGCAAAUUAUGCAUUCGUGAUUGUUAGGCUUGGAAAAACGGAUUUAGAUUAUUAACGGAAUUUGUUAUACAGUUUAAUGAGAAAAGUUCAUAUAUAUUUUUAAAACAAAUAUGAAAAUUGCGAUUAUCAAAAUUAUCAAGAAAUAAUUAUCACAAGUCGAUAGAAAUAUUUUGGGUAUUCAUUAAACUUAUUGUACAAUUUGAUAAUCCGUCACGUCAUUAAAAUCCUACAUUUAAAUUAUUUCAAACGCCACAAGUCUUUUAUUGGUUUCUAUUAACAUUUUAAUUAAAUACAAUUCAACGUGGAUAAUUAAAUUAAUUUAGACGAUUAGUUUAAUUGCCGAUGGAGUUUAACACAGAGAACGUGGUCACUGAAUAUGCGAAUCCCUCGAAAUGAUUGUGCGAAUAUUAUUUCGGGUUAGUUUGCCGUUCAUAUUACAUAGUAGAAAUCGUAGAACAUGAAUUAUUAAUUUACGAAAUUGCAAAUUUCGCGAGUCCGUGCAAAAAAAGCUUUUCCUUCAGCAGUAAAUUCUUGCAUGCAACAAAGUAGUGAAUAAUCAAUAAUGAAUAUAGUAGUUGAGAAUAUGUGAGAAUAUCUAUACUAACUUCGUCGUUUCUUUAACGAGUGUUCGUAUGCUUGUA